CACACCCCUGACCUGUGACUGCUUGCGCAUUAAUCGAAUGUAAAAAUGGGUGGUAAACAUAAUCACGUGUUCAACCGUGGCCAAUGAGAGUCAAAGAACCUCGGGAUAAAUAAUUACCUGCCUUGAUUGUUCUAGGGGUAAAAUAAAAGUACACAUACACUCCAUAUAAUAAUCUGAUGCAUGUAAAAGAGACCAGAGCAUCGCCAUGUCGACCACGGGUCCCAUACGCAAUUAUUAUGUGGAUUCUUUGAUAAACCAUGAGAGCGAGGACGUGCUGGCGUCGCGGUUCUCAGAGCUUCCCCCCACCCGCUCGCGUCAGACGACAGUAGUACCAGAGUGCUCCGAUUAUCCCUCCUGCAGUUUUGCGCCGAAACCUUCUGUCUUUACCUCCUCCUGGGGCCCAGUUCACUCCCAAUCCUCAGUGGUCUACCACCCAUACACCCACCAACCUCACGUUGGAAUGGACUCGAGGUAUGUUCGCUCAUGGCUGGAGCCCAUAUCUGGAACAGUAUCCUUUCCAGGCUACCCGGCUAACUGCAGACACUACGGACUCAAACCCGAUGGUUUCCCUCAGCCCAGUACCGGAGACUGCAUCACCUCCAACAGUCGCGGUUACCCAGACUAUUUCUACAACACCUGCGUGGACAUCCGAGACAAGGCCCAGCAGAUAGUCCCUUCCCCAGAGUCGGAGGUUUUGGCUUCCGGGAAGCACAAAGACGAAAAGACAGAAUUCGACCCAAGCAACCCGGUGGCGAAUUGGAUACACGCUCGUUCAACGAGGAAGAAACGGUGUCCUUAUACAAAAUAUCAGACUCUCGAACUCGAAAAAGAGUUUUUGUUCAAUAUGUACCUUACCAGGGACCGUCGAUAUGAGGUCGCUCGGGUUCUUAAUUUGACCGAGAGACAGGUCAAAAUUUGGUUCCAAAAUCGGCGAAUGAAGAUGAAGAAAAUGAAUAAAGAGAAGACAGAAAGCAAUGAGCAGUAACGUGCUGUAUGGACAAAUUGACUUGUACACGUUCAGAAAAAUGUCACUCGUGUUCUCUCCUCUCCAAUGGUCUCUCCUCUCCAAUGGUCUCUCCUCUUGAGAACUACUGUUUUCCCUUUUGAUCUGAUAUAAUUGAGAUCUAUAGGCCUAUUCUUGACAAAGUAGCACAUUGCAAAUUGGGGCCACGUCUCUCUGUGACAGUAUGCAGCUUGUUUUGACUAUUUAUCCUUUCUUACGGCUUCAUAGUCAAGACAGGAAUAGGACAUUAGUAAAGAAAUGUAUAGGGUCACGUUGGAUAACUGUGUAUAACAAAACCUGUGUAUUUUUGUAGAUGUUGCAUCUUUGGCCUAUUCAAGUUUAAAUUAAUGUUUUGUACACGAAGUACAUGGAACGUGUGGUCUAGACCUAUGGAACAUGGAACGUUUCGUCUAGACCUAUGGAACAUGGAACGUGUGGUCUAGACCUAUGGAACAUGGAACGUUUCGUCUAGACCUAUGGAACAUGGAACGUGUGGUCUAGACCUAUGGAACAUGGAACGUUUCGUCUAGACCUAUGGAACAUGGAACGUGUGGUCUAGACCUAUGGAACAUGGAACGUGUGGUCUAGACCUAUGGAACAUGGAAUGUUUCGUCUAGACCUAUGGAACAUGGAACGUUUCGUCUAGACCUAUGGAACAUGGAACGUGUGGUCUAGACCUAUGGAACAUGGAACGUUUCGUCUAGACCUAUGGAACAUGGAACGUUUCGUCUAGACCUAUGGAACAUGGAACGUUUCGUCUAGACCUAUGGAACAUGGAACGUGUGGUCUAGACCUAUGGAACAUGGAACGUUUCGUCUAGACCUAUGGAACAUGGAACGUUUCGUCUAGACCUAUGUGGAUAUAGAUUUUGUUGUAUGGUUUUUAUAUUAUUUUCUCUCGACGCUACACGUUUACGUUAUACUGCAGAUUGUGCUCAUCUUUCUAUCCGAAAUAAUCUAAUUUCCUGUCUUUGUUGGGUCAUUAUUAAAACGUUAAAACCUUA